UUCAGUUCAACUGGCACAUUAACCCAGCAUCUAAACAGAGGAAAAGCUUCUUUUGCCCGAGGUUUGCAUGAAUAUGUUUUCAGAACUUUUUCUUAUUCUGAUAACGACAUUAGUAAGGAAGAGGUAUUUUCCGGCAAUUCUUUUUUGAUAGGUUGGUCAUUCUCCCCACAUACUGUCUUGGUACCACCUUCUGAGGAUUCUUUGGCUUUUCUAGUAACUGCUGUUUCCCAUUCAUUCAUUCAUUCAUUUUUUUUUUUUUUAAUCUCUAUUUGCUUGAUUUUGUUGGUGCCUGUAUUGAAAUUAAUGUUCUCGUACUGAAUUCAUUGAGCAAUUGAUGUUCUUAUUUAUUUUACUAGUUCUGUCUGUGAAAUUUCCUAUUGGUGCAAACUCAAAGGGGGGUCGGUUAAACAGCUACCUUAAUGGUGUUUCAUAUGUUGAUUCAAUUUCUUAACUGCCUUAGAACUUAUCGGUGUUGACAACAUGGAUUGAAAAGAAAAUUUGAUUAGAUUUUUUUAUUGGUUGUCUGAACGUUCACGUUUGAUUUAAAAAUAAAGAUAAUAAAAGAUCCGUUCUUUGGGUUCUUUGUCAAUCACUGCAAAUAUUCCUAUGACCUGAUAUAGAGGAAAGCCUAGAAAUUAUUCUGUGAUCAUGUUUCAGAUUAUUAUGUCGAACCUCACUCAUCCAUCCAGCCUUAACGAUGGGGUUGCUAAUUCAAAAGAAUGAUGUUUGUCUUGCAGCUAUCGUCGUAUAGUUUAGGUUGUUCGAAGUGAUUACGAAAAAUAGUGGAAAUAAGUAUUUCUCCAGACAACAUGGCUGAAGAAAAUACUUCCCUUGGAGAAAUAAUCACAGAGCAGUCCACAGCAUGGACAAGCAAUAUAGUCAUAGAUUUAGGAAAAAAUCAAGAAAUCACGGACAACCAGCAACAUUCAAACAAGAACCAGGGGAAAGAGGAAAGCAUUAAUAGAGUACCAUAUUAUAAACUUUUCUCCUUUGCUGACUCCCUGGAUUAUCUGCUAAUGUUUGUUGGCACAGUUGCUGCUGUUGGAAGUGGAAUAUCUAUGCCUUUCAUGACCAUAAUCUUUGGAGAUACGAUUGAUUCUUUUGGAGGAACAGUAAAUACCAAAGAUGUAGUUCACAAGGUUUCCAAGAUGUCCCUAAACUUUGUAUACUUGGCUUUGGGAUCUGGCGUUGCAUCGUUUUUUCAGAUGGCUUGUUGGAUGGUGACCGGGGAGAGGCAGGCUGCACGUAUAAGAAGUUUAUACUUGAAAACUAUUUUGAGGCAAGAUAUUGGCUUCUUUGAUAAGGAAGCUAAAACAGGAGAAAUAGUUGGGAGGAUGUCGGGAGACACUGUACUUAUUCAAGAUGCAUUGGGCGAGAAGGUUGGAAAGUUCAUACAGUUGGUAGCAACAUUCGUAGGAGGCUUUGUUAUAGCAUUUGUCAAGGGAUGGCUUCUUGCCCUUGUCUUGCUAUCUUCCUUUCCACCUCUUGUCAUCUCUGCUGCUGCCAUGAGCAUCAUUAUUGGAAAGAUGGCAUCCCAAGGGCAAACUGCUUAUUCAGUGGCAGCGACCGUGGUAGAGCAGACGAUUGGUUCCAUAAGAACUGUUGCAUCCUAUACAGGGGAAAAGGAAGCCAUAACUAAGUACAAAAAGUCUUUAACCAAAGCUUACAAGUCUGGUAUCCAAGAGGGCUUGGCUGCUGGGUUGGGACUUGGUGCAGCUACGUUUAUUAUGUUCUGCAGUUAUGCUUUGGCGAUAUGGUUUGGUGGGAAAAUGAUUCUUGAGAAGGGAUAUACGGGAGGGGAUGUCAUUAAUGUACUUUUUGCUGUUCUGACUGGCUCCGUAUCGCUUGGUCAGGCCUCUCCAUGCAUGAGCGCAUUUGCUGCUGGACAAGCUGCAGCCUUUAAGAUGUUUGAGACAAUUAACAGGAAGCCAAAGAUAGAUGCUUACAACACUGAGGGACUACAAUUAGAUGAUAUUCGUGGAGAUAUAGAACUAAGGGAUGUGCAUUUUAGUUAUCCUGCAAGACCUGAAGAACAAAUAUUCAGUGGAUUUUCUCUUUCAAUACCUAGUGGUACAACAGCUGCUUUGGUUGGGCAGAGUGGAAGUGGGAAAUCAACAGUAAUCAAUUUGAUUGAGAGAUUUUAUGAUCCACAAGCUGGUGAGGUUCUUAUUGACAACAUUAAUCUUAGAGAGUUCCAACUAAAGUGGAUCAGAAAGAAAAUUGGCCUUGUCAGCCAAGAACCUGUGUUGUUUACUUCUAGCAUUAAAGACAAUAUUGCUUAUGGUAAGGAUGGGGCAACUACGGAAGAGAUAAGAGCUGCUGUUGAGCUGGCCAAUGCUGCUAAAUUCAUUGAUAAACUCCCUCAGGGACUAGACACGAUGGUUGGUGAGCAUGGAACUCAGUUAUCUGGGGGUCAAAAGCAGAGAGUUGCUAUAGCCAGAGCCAUUCUAAAAGACCCAAGAAUUCUACUACUAGAUGAAGCCACAAGUGCUCUCGAUGCAGAAUCUGAGAGAAUUGUGCAGGAAGCAUUGGAUAGAAUUAUGACCAAUCGAACAACCAUUAUUAUUGCUCAUCGCUUGAGUACAGUGAGGAAUGCUGAUAUGAUUGCAGUUAUACAUCAAGGGAAAAUUGUUGAAAAGGGUACACACUCUGAGCUUACUAAAGAGCCUGAAGGACCAUAUAGCCAGCUUAUACGAUUGCAAGAUCUUAGCACAGUGUCAGAACAAAAUGCUUUAGAUGACCAGGACAUGCUAGAACCUAUGAAUUCCGUGAAAAAUUUGAGUCAACAAUUUUCUUUGUUACGAUCCAUAAGUCAAAAAUCAUCUGAAAUUGGAAAUAGCAGUCGUCACUCAUUCUCAAUUACAUUUGGUGUGCCAACUACAAGUAUGCUGGAAACAGAACCUAUAGAAAGUAAUGCUCAAGCUUUAGCACCAUCCCAACUACCUCCAGAAGUGUCACUUUGCCGUCUUGCUUAUCUUAACAAGCCAGAGAUCAUAGUGUUACUUCUUGGCAGUAUAGCUGCAGUAGCCAAUGGGGUAAUUUUUCCUGUUUUAGGGAUAGUAAUCUCCGGAAUGAUCAAAACUUUUUAUGAACCAAGAGAUGAGCUCCGUAAGGACUCAAAAUUUUGGGCAUUAAUCUUUGUUUUACUUGGUGUGGCAUCUCUAUUGGCCCAACCUUCAAAAUCAUACUUCUUUGCUGUUGCGGGAUGUAAGUUGAUAAGGCGGAUCCGAUUAAUGUGCUUCAAGAAAGUGGUUUAUAUGGAAGUAAGUUGGUUUGACGAACCUGAGCACUCGAGUGGUGCACUAGGUGCAAGACUCUCUGCAGAUGCAGAGUCUAUGCGAGGUCUAGUUGGAGAUGCACUUGCUUUGCUUGUUCAAAAUAUUGCGAGUGCUAUUGCUGGUUUGGUUAUUGCUUUCACAACAAAUUGGAUACUGGCUUUGAUAAUCUUUGUUUUGCUACCUCUCAUUGGAGUAAGUGGAUACCUUCGAAUGGAGUUCAUGAAAGGAUUUAGUGCAAAUGCAAAGAAAAUGUAUGAAGAAGCAAGUCAAGUUGCAAAUGAUGCAGUGGGGAGUAUAAGAAUAGUUUCUUCUUUCUGUGCUGAAGAGAAGGUGAUGGAAUUGUACCAUAGAAAAUGUGAAGGCCCAAUUAAGACUGGUAUAAGGCAAGGGUUAAUCAGUGGAGUAGGCUUUGGGCUAUCAUUCUUCUUGCUGUUUGCAGUAUAUGCAUGUAGUUUUUAUGUUGGAGCCCGACUUGUUGAGGAUGGCAAGACAACAUUCUCAGAAGUUUUUCGAGUUUUCUUUACUCUUACAAUGGCUGCCGUGGGAAUUGCUCAAUCAAGUUCCCUAGCCCCUGAUGCAAGUAAAGCAAAGAGUUCUGCUGCUUCUAUAUUUGCAAUUCUUGACAGGAAAUCAAAGACAAAUUCUAGUGAUACCUCUGGGACGACGAUAGAAAAUUUAAAGGGAGAUAUUGAACUCCACCAUGUCAGCUUCAGGUAUCCCAUGAGACCUGAAGUUCAGAUAUUCAGGGAUCUUUGCUUGGCUAUUCAUUUUGGCAAGAUGGUUGCUUUGGUUGGCGAAAGUGGGAGCGGAAAGUCAACAAUGAUCUCCUUGUUGCAAAGGUUCUAUGAACCUGAUUCUGGUCAUAUUACACUGGAUGGAAUUGAAAUUCAAAGGCUACAGCUAAAGUGGCUAAGGCAGCAAAUGGGCUUGGUGAGUCAGGAGCCUGUGUUAUUUAAUGACACCAUCUGGGCCAACAUUGCCUAUGGAAAGGAAGGAGAUGCAACAGAUGCAGAAAUUUUAGCCGCAGCAGAAUUAGCAAACGCCCACAAGUUUAUUUGUAGUUUGCAACAGAUUUUUCAUUAGAUGCUAUGAAAUGUUUACGUCAUGAUCCUUGCGCACGUGGGGCUAUCUCAACUGUCCAAGAAAUCCAACUGCUCAGUUGGUAUACACUUAAGACAUCAUGUGUCUGAAUUUCCCAAGGGCAACAAGUCAGAUGGCAACUAGCUUAGAAGGGAUCCGAUUUAUGUCAUGUUUAUUUCAUUGUUUAUUAGUUCAUGUACUGUUUGUUAUUAGUGGUCCGGCAGAAUGGGUCUGUUUGUGGUAUUUUCCUAGUCUUUAGGAGUAAAAGGGCUCAGUGGCCAAAGGGGAUAGGUUUGUCAUCAAGAUCAAUUUGUAGUGGCUUAGUGUGACAGUGUCCCUUAAUUAGUGAAUUAUGGUUAUCAUUUUGUUAUUUUAGUCUAGUUAUUGUGGAGUCCAUGUAUUU